AUGGGUAUUAAUACUUCACGUUUAAAGGGUAGAAAAUUAAUAAUACAAAGCCUUCCAGAGAAUGUGCAAACAAAAUCCGACAAAGUGAUACAGCCAAGCUGUUUCUUAUCGAAUGAUGUUGAAUACGUUGGAAAUAUACAUGCAUUUCAUUUCAUUAAAAAAAAUUUGUUUCAAAGUAAUUUUUCUUCACCAAUUGAAGAAAGACUAAUUCAAAGUGGAUAUAAAGUAUUGGAUGUUGGAUGCGGUUCUGGUACAUGGUUAUUAGAUAUGUCAACUAAUUAUGAAAUGACUCGCUUUUUGGGACUUGAUUUUCAAUCAAUAUAUCCACAAGAG